CUGGGGCUUCGCAGCACCGGCAGCAUCAGCCUGGAUAACGUGCAAAUUAAUUAGUUUUUAGUAAUCAGAGCCGACGCCCCGGGCUAACCGAGGGCAGCCCAGCCCUUCCCUGUGCGAGGCCUCCCCGGGAGGGGCCGGGGCCGGGGCCGGCUCCCCGCCGCCUCCCUCCCCCUUCCGGGCCGGGCCCGGCUCUCGCACAACCGGGGCCGAUCCGAGCCGGGCCGGGCCGGGCCGCAUGGACGAGCGGCUGCUCCGAGCCCUGGGGGGGCUCAGCCUGCAGCCCCCGCCCCGGAGACGUUUCGGCAAGAGCCUGGUGCUGCUGCGGGGCCUGCCGGGCUCCGGGAAGAGCACGCUAGCCAGACAACUGAAAUACGACUAUCCCAGUGCUGUGGUUCUUAGUACUGAUGACUUCUUUACUAGAAAUGGUGUGUAUGUGUUUGAGCCUGACUUCCUAGAGGAUGCACACAAAUGGAACCAGAAGAGAGCACGCAAAGCAAUGAAGAAUGGGAAAAGCCCGGUUAUUAUUGAUAACACCAACAUCCAUGCUUGGGAAAUGAAGCCGUAUGUGAUGAUGGCACGUGAAAAUAGCUACGAAGUUAUAUUCCGAGAACCAGAUACACCCUGGAAGUUCAAUGUUCGCGAACUGACAAGAAGAAAUAUCCACGACGUCCCUCGACAAAAGAUACAGCGGAUGAAAGAAGAAUACGAGCACAACGUUACCUUCCACAGCGUUCUCCAUUCCGAACAGCCCAGCAGAGAUGACAGAAGCGCCACUGGACCAAACACAGCUUAUGGCCUGGGUGCCCACUCCAGCCCCCCGCCGGCCUUCGCACACAGAAGACCUCGCCCGGCACGCACGAACACCGUGCCAUUUCGCUGAGGGGUGCAGGCCUCUGUACGCGUUUUAAUUAUCAGGGUAUCAAAGUCUCCAGUUUUACAUUUUUAAACAAACUAUUUUUAUUCUUGUACUUUUCUAAUGCAUUUCAAAACUAGACUUUUAUGUCUUAGAAUGUCUUAGAACUAGUCUUUUAUGUCUUAUGUCUCACAGCUCUUCCUGGAUGAUUGACCUCUUAUCUCUGGCACAAACUGCAUGCCCUCAUCCCUCUUCCUUCACUAAAAUUCAUCAGGCUUAUGGUGAAAUCUGCUGGCUGGGCCUUUCUUACAGACCGCGUGGCCAACGCCUUCUCCAUGCAGUGGUCAUUUCUUCCUGUUUUGUUACUGCGUAAGCUUUUCUAUCUUCCCGUUCUUGUCUAGCGCAUUUUAACCGCUAACGCUCAGAGAGGCAAAGUCAAUCAGGGAAAAGGUAGCACUGAGAUGGCAUAGCAAGAUUUGAUGCUCUUCUGCAUCUACACAUCUGCUGCCUGCAUUUAUUUUCUCACCUUAGUGCUUACAGAGCGAAACAGCAUCUCCAGCCUAAAGGGGAAAAACUUUAACGCUUUAACUGUGCCCUUUAUCUUGCGGAGACAGCAGAGGCAGAGAUCCGUUUCCGGAAGGAAGAUGGGCACUGGGUGCGUGCUUGUUAACUUUAAGGGGGUACCGGGCUACGGAGGCAGCUGUAAAUAGCCGAAGCAGAAGGCUGCUGACUACCCGAACUCAGGAGGACAAGUUGUGUUGCACAAAACGACAACUUAAGAAAGGAGGGGGGAAAAAAGCAUUGUAAGGGGAGAAAACAACUCCUUCCACCACGCAGUGCAGAGAAGCCACUGACUGACAGGUGCAUGAGGAAAAGAAGCGAUCCUGCAGUAGUUUCAUUAUUUUUUAAAAAAAUUCUGCUAUGUCAACAAGCCUCACAGAACAUCGGAAAACUCGGCACUCGUAAUGGCCAUUUUCUUUAAGUAGGCGCAGAACAUUUGGCAGUGGCUAUAGAAGAGGGCAGUAGCAAGGUAUUUUGCAGUAGGAAAUGAAGACAACUCACCCGGAUCAUGAAGAAACACAGGUGCAGCUGCUGUUCCUCUAGCAGUCUAGUAGACAGAAGCACCAGAAGCAUCAAGGAGUAUGUUAGUCCUCUGCGAAAGCUAAGCUGUCUGCAGGAGCCUGUGUAAAGCAGUAGGUAAAGCACUAGGGGUGGGAUGAAUUCGUUUUUACUUUUGUUUUUUAACUCAGGCUGCAUGGAAAGCAGCACGACCACCAUUGUAAACAAUUGUUCAUUAAGGGGUUUAGGGCACCUGUAGCAUUGCACAAAGCUUUUCAGCAAGUUUUUAAGUGAAGCCACUGCCACCCUGUUACGUUCCCCAGGCCCACUACAGUGCCCAGCUUGGCCAUGGGAGCUGCCCUCAGUCCUGCACUCGAGCCAAGUUAGCAGCACAGGACUGCAGAAAGGUCACCAGGAGGGAGCUGCUGCCAUCCUUCCUCCUUUGACAGCUGAAGGGCGAGGGGGGGCUGGACAAUGGCAUAACUAAACCAUGGAGCCAGAGCCUGCCGAGCAGGACUGCUUCUCUAGUGCAGAAGCUCCAGUUUUGAGAAUCUUCACCUGCAGAAGUUAAUGAGAAUGAAGUAAUGAACAAAAGUACUAAUCUCUCCUGGCAUAAAGAACUUAGGAAGAAAUUAAGGGCCUGGCUUUCUUUCUUAACAUUGUGGCUUAAAGUAGUACCUCUAAGAAUGACCAACGUUUUAAUAUUACUAUUUUUUUUUUAAAUCCUUUUACUAUGAAUCAGCCCUAAUUACAGCUGUUUUCUAAAACUUUUUUUUAGCACUGCAUGGAAAUUUUAAGGACAACACUACAGAACCAUGCCAGAAUUACAAAGGAGUAUUUCAGAAUUAAGCUGUGAUGUUUGGUUCCAAUAAACUUAGACAAUUGUUGAUUUUGCCCUGUGCUACUUCUGACAAACAACUACGCUAAUGCUACAGCUGGUAACAAAAGAGGUUGCUUCAGACUGAAACAAAGACCCUGCCAGAAUUCAACAACACAUCAGAAUCAAAGUGGUGGGUUAUAAAACCUCCAGCCAGAGUGAUGCUGGUGUAUGUGACGUUUGUGUGAGAAAUGUAUGAUUAUUCAACUCCAAAUCAUUUGUUCUGCAGAUGAAAUGCCCUUUUGUGAAUUUUUGUAAUAUAGCUUUAUUAUAUACAAUCAGGAUUUAAUGUACAACAUAAAAAACAUUUAAACUUGAAAUAUA